ACACGCAUUUUAAGUUUCAAAUGUCAAUGGUUGCAUGGAGACAGGCACAGAGCCAUCAAAUGCUAAAACUUUUCUGGAUAUCCUGGUAAAUCGCAUUUCCUUGUAAACGCGGUCACUGAGCAUGCGCAGUUAGUAAGCUCUUUAGGAAGUUUUGAAUGAGUUUGUCAAGUAGUAAACUGGACAGCAACGUGACUUUCCCCGUCCACGAACAGCCUUCUCCUCUCCUGUUAAGAUGUCCCUGAUCUCAGCAAAAGAUUUAGAGCACCUGGCCGAAAUAGAACUGCAGAAGGAUGAGGAGGAGCAGGGGGAGGGGGCAGCUACCACCUUCAACGAUGCAGUCACGGACCCCUCCCACCCGUACUAUGAUGUGGCACGACAUGGCAUUCUUCAAGUCACAGGUGAUGACAACUACGGCCGGAAGCUGAUCGUAUUUAGCAGCUGCUGCAUGCCCCCUUCCCAUCAGCUAAACCACCAAAGACUGCUGGAGUACCUGAAGUAUACCCUGGACCAGUAUGUCGAGAGCGACUACACAGUGGUGUAUUUCCACUACGGCCUACGCAGCAGCAACAAGCCCUCCAUGCGCUGGCUCGGAGACGCCUACAAGGAGUUUGACCGAAAGUAUAAGAAGAACCUGAAAGCUCUGUAUGUUGUCCACCCGACGAACUUCAUCAAAAUCAUGUGGAACAUCUUCAAACCCCUGAUAAGUCAUAAGUUUGGAAAGAAGCUGACCUAUGUGAACUACCUGGCAGAACUGAGAGACCACCUUGACCAUGACCAGCUCAUCAUUCCCCCAGAUGUUAAAAGACAUGAUGAGAAACUACGGGCCAGUCAGAAAGGAGGACCACCACCUUCAGUGAAAGUCCCACCCCCGCGACCCCCCCUCCCCACCCAGCAGUUUGGUGUCAGUCUGCAGUAUAUCCGAGACAAAAACAAUGGAGUUAACAUACCCCCAGUUGUGAGUCAAACGGUGUCCUACCUCAAAGAAAAAGGCCUGAACACAGAGGGCAUUUUCAGGAGGUCGGCUCGAGUUCAGCUCAUCAAGGACAUCAAGAAACUCUAUAACUUAGGGAAGCCGGUGAACUUUGAGCAGUAUGGUGAUGUUCAUGUUCCCGCUGUCAUCUUGAAGACUUUUCUCAGGGAACUGCCCGAGCCCCUCCUAACCUUCACCCUGUACGAUCAGAUCUUGGACAUCACCAGGGUUGAAAGUAGCCUUCGAGUCUCAAAAUGCAAGCACAUUGUGGAAUCCCUGGCUGAACCCAACUACAUUGUGCUGAAGUACUUGGUCUGCUUCCUGAACAUGGUCUCCCAGAAGAGCCUCGAUAACAAGAUGAGCUCCUCUAACCUGGCGUGUGUGUUCGGCGUGAACCUGGCACGCCCCUCUCGGGGCACGGUGUCGCUCAGUGCCCUGACGCCCAUCAACAUCUUCACCGAGCACCUGGUGGAGCACUACCACACCAUUUUCGGAAGCCGCUGCCCGGCCUCUCAGGUGCUGCCCUGAUGGGCCUCCCUGCUACACCUAGUGCCACCUAUAUCAACACCUCGCCUUAUCCCCCUCUCGUGGUGAGGUAACUGUACCUGACAACUGCAAACAGCCAUUCUUCCACCUUUGUGUAUUGCCAUUGCUCCACCUGGGCCACAUGUCUGUAUGCAUUGUUCAGGGUGCGUUGGUUCAAUUGGACUCCUUGGUUCAUAUUUGUACUUGGUUCAUACAUGGGGUCACUUACACAAAUUUUUGGAGGAGUUGUAAGCUCAUCUUGUUGAAAUAUAUACAUGUAUUGAUAUCUUUUUUUUUUUUUAUACAUUUUUACUAAGACUCUUCUCCUCAUAACUGAGCUACAAGAGGAUAUCUGCUUUUUAUUCAUAUUUUUUUCACUAAAAGAAACCUGGGCACAGAGAAAGGACAAAGAAACCUUUUAAGUCGGCGAUUGCCAUGGCAACCCUCUCUCGCUUGCAGCUGCACUGGAGAUAACCUUGAAGGCUGCGAUGUUGAAAAGCAGCACUUAACUGCAGUGGAUACAGAGAGACCUGACAGGGCGUCUGUGUGAGAGCCUCAUUUUCUCACAUCAUGUUUCCCUGAUCCGGCUUGUUAGGCGCAUGCUGUGGACCUCAACACGCAAAAGCUCUUUGGUCCUUGCCACGUUUCAUAACGUCAAGCAUCCGCUGUGGUCUCUGGCGACGGGCCCAUUGAAACACAAGCAAGUCUCAAUCAUUUGCUCUCGUCACUUGUCAAAUAUCAAAAGCAAAUGGAACAGUGCUCCGACUGGAAGUGCUGCCCAAAAGUCUGUGCAAGAUUGGAUUGAUUCGGUUGUUAAUGUUUGUAAGCUUAGAGGGGAUCCAUUCAGUCUUGUAAUGACACUUAGCAUGUUCAACACAUAGUGUCCCGGGGCAUAACCUGUGGCUAACAAGUGUCUUCUGUUCUUCAGUAGUACUGUACGUGUCAAAGAGGAUAUUGAUUUGUUACAUCGUGAACUAGAUGAAUCACUGACUAGAAUAAGACCAAAUUAAAAUGUAUGUGUCUUAGACGUACCAUAACAAAAACCUGUUUUAGGCGGCUCCUCAGGCUGUGUUCCGUAGUCAUAGGGGACUGCUCAACGCGGCACUGUAGGCCGAGCAGGCAAGAGAAGUUACAUGUCAUGCCGUCCUGUUCUUCUCCUUCCCGUCCACAUCGCCCUCUGGGACAGAAAGAAGUCAUGAGGAUGACAGUGGGAGCCGAGCUGUCAAAGGGCAUUAGGAAAAGUUAGUGCCUCCUCCUCUUCUUCCUCCUCCUCCUGCAUCUGCGGUCUCCACUGUCAGAGUACCAGGGCUAACAGUAGAGAGUGCUCCCCUGCAAGAGGAGACUUGUGGCUGGAAUCUAGUCUGUGCCUGUCUGUACUCGCGCAUAGUGUCAGCAGGACCGAGACAUUAAACCCUGCUGCUACUACUAUUGUCAGUGAAGGGUAUCUGGUUUAUAAUGUGCCUCUGUGUCCUUAUGGGGUUAUCUCAUUUUCAAAUGUUUCUGUGUGUAAAUCUAAUUAUGUGAAAGACAAGCAGAGCUUGGGUUAGUGAGGUGGUAAGUUUUGUCUGGUUGUCAGUGUGCAUCUGUCUUAAGUUGCUGUGUGUCAAGUGUUUUUUUUUUUUGAGGUCAGUUAUACUACUGACCAUUCAUGGGGAGUUAUUUACACCACUGCAUAUAUAGUAUGCAUAUAUUUAUAGUGCAAUAUCAAGGCUCCAGAGCUACUCAACAGCAACAAAUAAUUUUUCUUAGAUUUUUGUUUAUUAACGAAUCAGUUUUUCAUAAGAACUUGGUACAAAAAAAGUGAGACUACUCCUUACCAUUUACCAACUUCCAUCAAUCAACUUUUAAUGCAUCAUGAAGAAGAAAAAACUACAUUGGCAUAUGUAAGACAAACACUUUCUAUACAUACUAUCCACUGGACAGUCCCCUUGUUUUAUGACAAUGGAAAAGAAAACACUACUUCAACAGUCCAAAAGACAUUUUUCAAUCUAAAACUCGAUGGCGUGUUUUCUUUUCUUCGCUCUUGGUCUUCCUCAUGUUUAAAAGGACAUAUCAAACAUCGCAAGCUAAGUCAGAAUGCAUAAUUGGCAAACAAUAAAAAUGUUUUUUUUUUUUUUUGUCAUCAUUGUUUUUCUACCCCUUCUCACUCUUUGUUCAUUGAUAAAAGAAUAUAAAAGGUU